UCCCCAUCUUCUACUCACCACCCUUUACAGCCAUCUUCUUGAUUAAACUUUCCCUCUCUUAAUUUCUUGAGUUUUCUUUAACCUUUUCUCUUCAUUAUCAAUGGAGUUGGGUGCUUCUUCUUCCCUAUGGUUGGAGUCCAUUUCCAGUGUUUUUUCUUUGCUCUUCUUUGGGUUUACCUUAUUGUUUUCUUUCUUCUCUGUGCUUAUCUUUGUGUUGAGGCUGAAGCCUUGGUGUAACUGUGAGGUAUGCAAGAGCUAUCUCACUGGUAGUUGGACUAAAGAUUUUGCUAAUCUUUGUGAUUGGUAUACUCACCUUCUUAGAAAAUCACCCACCGGUACAAUUCACCUUCAUGUUCUGGGCAAUAUCAUCACUUCCAAUCCAGAAAACGUUGAAUACAUUCUCAAGACCAAUUUCGACAACUACCCAAAAGGGAAACCCUUCUCUGCUCUCUUGGGUGAUCUUUUGGGUGGAGGUAUUUUCAAUGUUGAUGGUGAUUCUUGGAGGUUCCAAAGGAAAAUGGCGAGUUUAGAGCUUGGUAGUGUGUCAAUAAGGAUGUAUGCUUUUGAGCUCAUUAUGAGUGAGAUCCGAGGUAGGUUGAUUCCUCUUUUGUCAUCAAUGGCUGAUAAAGAAGAGGCUUUAGAUUUGCAAGAUGUGUUUAGAAGAUUUUCUUUUGAUAACAUUUGCAAAUUUUCCUUUGGGUUAGACCCUGGAUGCCUCAAGUUAUCUUUGCCCAUUUGUAAAUUCGCUCUUGCUUUUGAUACUGCAUCAAAAUUAUCUGCAGAGAGAGCUCUAGCACCAUCACCAAUGGUUUGGAAGAUGAAAAGGUUACUAAAUUUAGGCUCAGAAAAGAAACUCUCAGAGGCUAUAAAGAUGGUGGAUGAACUCGCCCAAGCGUUGAUCAAUCACCGGAGAAGAGAAGGCUUCACCGAUAACAAAGACCUUUUAUCAAGAUUCAUGGGUUCCAUUAAUGAUGAUAAGUAUCUUCGAGAUAUUGUCAUCAGCUUUCUCUUGGCAGGUCGUGACACUGUUGCCUCAGGUUUAACCAGUUUCUUCUGGCUCUUGUCUCAACACCCAGAAGUUGAAUCAGCAAUUCGAGAAGAGUCAGAACGAGUCAUGGGGCCGACUCAUGGGCAGCUCACCAGCUAUGAAAAACUGCGAGACAUGCAUUAUCUAAAUGCUGCAAUAUAUGAGAGUUUAAGACUCUACCCACCUGUGCAAUUUGAUUCAAAGUUUGCGCAAGAAGAUGAUAUAUUACCUGAUGGUACAUUCGUAAGCAAAGGCACUAGAGUAACAUAUCACCAGUAUGCAAUGGGUCGGAUGGAGCGGGUUUGGGGUCCAGAUUGUCUCGAAUUCAAGCCAGAAAGGUGGAUAAAGAAUGGGGUUUUUGUAGCAGAAAACUCUUACAAAUACCCAGUUUUUCAAGCUGGAUUUAGGGUUUGUUUGGGCAAGGAAAUGGCAUUAGUGGAGAUGAAAAGUGUUGCUCUUGCAGUACUUGGGUCCUUUACAGUUCGGGUUGUGGAUCCGGAUCAAGCACCAAUAUUUUCCCCGGGUCUUACUGCUACUGUGAGAGGUGGCUUACCAGUUGUGGUCAAAGAAAGAGAGUUUCUUCCACAACCCACCACCAUUGUUAGGCCAUGCAUGUAGCUAAAUGAUCAUUAUUAAUAUGCAUGUUUGUAAUGAUCUAAUGGGUCAAAAAAAUGGCAGCUUUCUGUACAUAUAACUAAGAAGAAGAGCUUCUUUUCUUUAUUAAUUAGUAGUAAUUUCUUCAA